AUGGAUGAUGGUCACCACCAGCUCUCCUGGAGUCACCUACAGAAGUUCGGCCAGGGUUCUUGCUCUUGCCACAUCUGCUCUAACCACCUAGGACUGAUCGGUAAAUGCAUGCGGAAAAUGUCCCAUCAGGGCUUCUGUCAGUACUCGAAGGACAUAGGCUUCAUUAAGUUGGACUAA